AUGUCGGAUAAAGGAAGCAGCAUGGAUGGGAAAACAGAUAUAGUGAAUGGCAGCUUGUCCAGUAGCCCAGAGGAGAUGUCAGCUGAAGAAGGUCGAGAAACAUCCUCUGGUAUCGAGGUGGAAGCUUCUGACCUGAGCUUGAGCCUCACUGGAGAUGAUGUUGGACCCAAUCGUACCAGCACGGAGAGUCGGGACACGGACACGGAGAGCUCAGGAGAAGAGAAGGACUCUGACAGCAUGGAUGACACAGGUCACUACUCCAUCAACGAGGAGAACCGUGCCCUGGACCGAUCACACUCAGAGGAGGAAGAAGAAGAAGAAGAAGAAGAUGAUGAAGAGGAAGAACAACGAUCUCACCGCCGAGCUCAACGCAAACGUGCCAACCACGACCAAGACUCUUCGGAUGACGAGCAAGCUUUGGAGGACUGGGUGUCCUCAGAGACCACGGCCUUACCCCAGCCCCGUUGGCAGGCUGUCCAUGCUCUUCGAGAAAGGGAGCUUGGGUCUAGCUCUCGUUUUGUCUACGAGGCUUGUGGGGCCAGGGUCUUCGUGCAACGUUUUCGCCUCCAACACGGUUUGGAAGGUCACACGGGUUGUGUCAACACCCUGCACUUUAAUCAACGUGGGACGUGGUUGGCCAGCGGCAGCGACGACCUCAAAGUGGUGGUGUGGGACUGGGUCAGGAGACAACCCGUGCUGGAGUUUGAAAGUGGACAUAAAAGCAAUGUCUUCCAGGUGAGGAGGGUGUAA